AUGCCCGACGUCUUCGUGCAGUCCUUCACCCAUCUCAACGACAAGCCUAAUGCCGACCAGGCGCUCGACCUACUACAACGCAUAGCUUCUCUCGUCAAGCCCAUCAUGCGCAAGCAUGCCUGGGUACUACCUGUCCUCUCAGAGUUCUUUCCGGAGGACCCCAAUCUACUCGAUAUUAACGGCGGUGAGAAGAUUUUGGUGCGUCUCCGGCUCCCACAUGCCCCAGACACCUUCCUCCCCGAAGACUCCGUGGUCGGCACUAUGCUCCAUGAGGUCAGUCCCUCCCCCGUUUCUGUUCCCCCCUCCGCCUUCCUCGGCACCAAGCGGCCCCUCCAGCACCCACUGACGCGCAUACGCGGGACGCAGCUGACCCACAACGUCCACGGCCCUCACGACGCCGCGUUCUACAAAUUCCUCGCCGGCCUCGAAGACGAAUACGACGCCCUCCGCCGCUCCGGCUGGUCCGGCGAGGGCUUCCACGCCGCCGGCCGCCGCGUCGGCGCGAACGUCUCCCACAACCUACCCCCGCACCUCGCCCGCGCCAGGGCCGCACAGGCCGCGGAGAAGCGCAGGCAGCUCUCCGUCGUCCUCGGCUCGGCCGGCCGGCUGGGAGGGGGCCCGCGCCGCCCGAACAAGUCCCCGCGCGAGCUCGCCGCCGAGGCAGCAGAACGCCGAGCGCGCGACGAGCUGACAUGCGCGUCGACGUCUGGGGCGGUGGCGCAGACGGACCUCGCGGAGAAGGCUGCGGGGGCGAGCGUCCGGGACGAGGUGAUCGACCUCACGGGCGACUCCUCCUCGGACUCGGAGCCCGAGCUGCUUAUAAUCGAGGAGGAAGCCCCGUCGCCCCAACGCUCGACCUCGCCCGCCUCCCUUGCCGCAUCCGCCUCUAUCUCUGCAUCCUCGUCUGCGCUUUCACUGAAGAGCGCGCCGCCAACAACGACCGGAAGCACGUCCCGCCUCGCUCCGCCCGACCGCGCGCCCUCAUCGGCCUCCCUGCCAGCGCUAGCUUCCUCUACUACCACAUCUACAUCCACGUCCACGCCGGACUCGGACCGCAUGACACGCCCGAUCGUGAAACGCGUCCCGCACGGGGCAGGCGACCCCCGGCCCACGCUCCCCAAACCGCGCUCCGUCUCGCGCCACCCCGCGAAGCGCCCCCCGACCUCGUGGACGCCCACCCCGCCCCCGACGCGCGCCACGUCCGUCAUCCACCCGCGCAGCGAACAGUACCACCCUCACUCGCACUCGCACCUGCACUCUGAUUCCGACCUCAACGCGGGCUCCGCUGCGGAUCCGACCGCGGACGGGGAUGGGGAUGCGUUCGCGGGCGCGUCGAUCCCGCUCGAGACGGAGUGGGCGUGCCCGCGGUGCACGCUCGUCAACGACGCGCUCGCGCUGCAGUGCGCGGCGUGUCUGGGCGUGCGGCCGCCGCCCCCUGCGAGGCCGAAGUCGACCAUCGGUGAUUGUAAAGAGGAGAAGAAGGAGGCUGGGAAGGACGGAGGGGGCGGAUGGACAUGCGGGGUGUGUGGGGAGCGCGAGAUGCCAAGCGACUUUUGGUCGUGCCGAUUUUGCGGGAGCGUGAAGGCGGGGUCGUAG